GCAUAUAUAUAAACAAGGCUUUACAACUACGUCUUGAAGACAAACAAGAAAACAAAAAAGAAUUAAUGGGGAAUUGUUUAAGGCACGAAUCAGAAAUGCACUGGGCUGGUGAAGACUGGGAUGAAUUCAUCGAAGAAGAUCAUCAUAAUCAUCAUCAUCAUCAUCAUAGCUCUAAAAGUACUUCUAGAGAGGAGGCUCAUCAAAAAGUGAUUGUUACACGAGACUGUAAAUCCUCUGAUCUAUCUGAUCAUGAGAUGAUCAAGAUCAGGCUCACCAAGAAGCAACUUCAAGAUUUACUGAAUAAAGUCAACGUCCAUGACUUCUCGUGUCCGAGCCAGAUGAUCGAUCGUGGUGGUUACGACGAAGAAGGCAAUCAACAAGGGAUAUGGAAACCAGUUCUCCAGAGCAUACCCGAAGCUAAUUAAUUGAGAUAAUGUUUUAGAUGUUGUAUAUUCUUAGGUGUUUCGUCACUUUCUUGAUUUGAGGUUAUGUGUUAUUAUUAGGUUAGGACUUUAAUGUAAAGUUUGGUUGUUUAUUUUUGGGGCACUCAUAACACUUUUAUUUUUUGCUUGUUAGUUGUUAGAUUGUAAAUAAGAAUCAAAAGCUUGUUGUUUAUACCAGGAUCCAGGACUACUACUUGAUC